AUGAGUUAUCAGGAUGAAUAUGUGGGUUCAUUUCCUAAAGAUUUUAGCUACGGCCCCUUUGAACAAAAUGGUGAGAGUGACAAUGCAUCACUGCAAGAAGAUCACAAACCUCGAAUUCUUCUUAUGGGCCUGCGAAGGUCAGGAAAAUCAUCUAUUCAAAAAGUCGUAUUUCACAAAAUGUCUCCCAAUGAAACUUUAUUUUUGGAAUCUACAAAUAAAAUUGUUAAAGAUGAUAUAAACAACAGUAGUUUUGUACAAUUUCAAAUAUGGGACUUUCCGGGUCAAAUUGACUUUUUUGAUCCAACAUUUGAUUCUGACACCAUCUUUGGUGGGUGUGGUGCUUUAGUAUUUGUUAUAGAUGCUCAGGAUGAUUAUCAAGAUGCUCUUGAUAAACUACAACUCACUGUUACAAAAGCAUACAGAGUAAACAGUAACAUUAAGUUUGAAGUAUUUAUCCAUAAAGUUGAUGGCCUUAAUGAUGAUUACAAAAUGGAAUCACAAAGAGACAUCCACCACCGAGCUACUGAAGAUCUAGUAGAAGCUGGCUUAGACCAUGUCCAUUUGUCCUUCCAUUUAACCUCUAUAUAUGACCAUUCUAUAUUUGAAGCAUUCAGUAAAGUUGUGCAAAAAUUGAUACCACAAUUACCUACAUUAGAGAAUCUUCUAAAUAUACUCAUAUCAAAUUCUGGGAUUGAAAAAGCAUUCCUCUUUGAUGUAGUUUCUAAAAUCUAUAUAGCAACAGACAGCUCACCAGUAGAUAUGCAAAGUUAUGAAUUAUGCUGUGAUAUGAUUGAUGUUGUUAUUGAUAUAUCAUGUAUAUAUGGGAUGGUUGAUGAAACAGAUGUGAAUACAUUUAAUAGCCAGAGUUCUAGUCUAAUAAAGCUGAAUAAUGGCACUGUACUUUACUUGAGGGAAGUUAACAAAUUCCUUGCCCUAGUUUGUAUACUUCGCGAAGAAAACUUUCAAAAACAAGGAGUAAUUGAUUACAAUUUCCUUUGCUUCCGAGAUGCAAUAACUCAAGUAUUUGAAUUGCGAAAUAAAUCUCAAAAUGCAGCAAGAAAUCGUUCAGAAGCAGAUCUUCUGCAAAAUGGCGCCGGUGAUUCGUCAGAGAGCGCAUCCGAUCAUUUACAAGUGCAAAUACCA